AGAACGAAUGUGGCUCUGUGGCAGGAUUUCAGCUGUCGUCCUCUCCCGCGUGGUUGGAUUGUUUACUAAUGCUUCCAGAGGAAGCGGUGCUUAUGACAACCAGUGUAAACACACAUCCCCGGCCUCGGAGCAGGUCUCCGGCCAUGGCUUUCUGUCAUAAAGAGUACUUUGAGAAAAUCGGGGAUCUUCAACAGAAUAUGUACAAAAGUGAAAAGAGGAGAUUUCAGUUGGAAAAAGAGCUGCUAGCCUUCUGCACAUCUGGCAAGCAAGGUUCCGAGAUAAAGAAUGCCAAACUGCGGUGUUAUCUGAAGCAGAUAAGUGAAAGAGAAAACCGAGCGAAGGCAAGAAACCUUGAGCUCCUAAGACAUAUGGAGAGCAUAGAAUUGCAAAUGAAGGCAUUGUGUUUUAACCACAGUGCACUGCAUCAGAAAAAGGGAAUGGUGUUACAAGGACCUGCAGCCAGUAACUGCUCCUCACAUCAUGCCGAGGGUCUCUACCAGCCUACCACCAUCUUCAUGGGACGCCAGACUUCCAGAUCUCCGCCAGUGGAGGCUGAGGGCACUAGGGCAACCUCAAUUCAGCCAUUCAGCACUGAGCCUGAUGGCUUCUCCUGUCCUCCAGAGCAGUUGGAAAGCGGCAGAUUAAAGAACCGGCAACUUUCGAGGAAGGGCACCAAAGGCCCCCCGCAUUUGUCCGACGACUCCUCGGCCGUUGCCGACUCCCCCGCUCGCCCGGAAGAUGCCGGAAUCGUGGCUGGUGCACCGGCCUCACUCAACUCGGUAUCGCCGGGCUCCAGGCCGCUUGUAGGCCCUGAGCCAUUUUCAACCCGCACGACCACGUAUGGCGAAGAAACAUCACCCACGGUGGGUGUCCGUCAGGAGGGGGUCAGGACGCCACCUGCCGAACGUGUUCCAGGGGGUGUCUUGGAUGAGGGAGUCACGGCAGGAGAUGGCGAAUGUACCUCUCGGGUGUCCUCUCCUGAAUUUGAGGAAUCUGGAGGAAAACGGCAAGAUGCUCUAGACAGCGAGAGCCAUAGCCUUCUGAGUCUGAGCGCUGAAAAGAGCGUGGACCUCACUCUCAGCUCAGGAAGCGACCUUCCUCUCUCCACGAGCGAGGGCAAAGACCUGGCUGGGUUUCAGGAGGACUCGGCCCUCUCAAGUGCCCGCAGCUUAAAGACCAGCAGACCCGGGAGCUCGACCGAGAGAGGCGACAAACCCACGACGGCUGCAGACUACCAUCACACCAACGCAGGAGCGGGGUCAAAGGACAUGGAAGAGUCUGAGGAUGGCCGAGAAUCACGGCACGGCAAAAUGGCAUCGACAUCAAAAGCGUUCGCGCCAAUACUGUCACUGGAAGGAUUCUUUCAUUUACUGGAGAGCAUUGAAGAAAGGCUAGAUGAAAGGGAAAAAAAGGUGUAUAGAAUCUCAACAGUCAGCGAGCAGCAUCUCAGCUAUUUGAUAAGCCUUUGUAACGGGAAGGCUGGCUUGAAUGAAGAGGACCUUGAAGCCUGCGGAGCCGUUGCCCUUCACCAGCUUCAAAGGUUGUCAUGGAACACGUCAAAGGGAUGCCUGUUACCCCAAGACAUAGUUAGCGCUAACUGGACUGUGGCAGCGGAGGAGAGCAGAAUCAGGUCCUGCCUCCCUGCCGACGGGGCCGAAUUGUGGGAAGGCUGGUUCCGGCACGCCCUUGCGUUACGUGACCGCGACGCGUUCACCAUCGACGGCAUCGCCAAACUCUUCGCGCCGUUACUGGUGGAGGAAGGUGCCUCUUAUACCGAUGAGGCUGAGGCACUCCUGAGUGUCCUACUGGAGGAACCCAUCAUUGAUAGCGAUGAGUCGUCUGGAGGACUGCCAUCUUGCCUUUUUGAUGGCGGCAAAAUCAAAGCUGCUAGGCCUGUUGGUUGCCGCGAAACCUUUACCGACGGACAACAAAGUGGUGAAGAGGACAGCCAGGAAGAAAGCUUUGUGGAAAGUAUUCCUAUUAGAGAGACAAAAGCGUAUCAGCUGCUUAAACAGUCCGCUGCUCAGCACCGACCACAGAGCCCUCAAGAGGACGAGGAUGAGGAUGGGCUGGAUGUGUUUCCAUCAGGAGUGACACAUGACAGUCAUGUGGAGAAAGCUGGGAAAGGCGAGUUGGCAAGAACAAGUUCGACUUUGUUCAGCGAGCGCCGUCUUGUUGGGGCUGGAAAAGUGGCAAAGAGUACGGUCCCUGCUGUGCAGUCAAAAGCUUUUUGGGGAGAAUCGGACGACAGCAACUCUGACAUCGAAGCGGCCCUGCGCCCCCAGUCUCGUGGCACGGCUGUUGACGACUUUGAUUAUUAUGAUUAAUUAAAUGGCCCACACAGAAGACUGGAGUGCUACCAACAUUGAAAUGUACAUAAUUAAAGCGUAUGUCAUUAGAACUGCAAAAUAGUCUACAUGAGGUGCCCUUUGUUUGAACAUUGUUAGAUUUUCUUUCCCCAUAUUCAGUAGAAUGUUCCUGCACUGGUAGAUACCUUCCUACCCCCCAUUAUAUAUUUUCAGAAAAAUAAAAUCGAAUAGCUCUUAUAGGAAAAAAAUAUCUGAAGAGUUUUCUAACAUGCUGUUGUUAA